AUGACUGACACAGUUACAUAAAAUAUUACAAGAAGAGAAAAAACAUGGGCAGAAUUAGCUGAAGAAGAAGAUGAGUAUUUGGAAGAAUUAUAAAAUUAAGUUUAAUUUUUAAAUUAAACUAUGAAUAAAAAUGAAUCAAAUCAAUUAGCGGGAAAAUAAUUAACAAAUUUUCAGAAAAGAAUGAUUGAAAGAAUAUAGAGACAUGAUAAAUUAAUAGAAGUAGGACUAUAAUAAGUUCCAGAUAUAAUAAGUAAAGAAGACAUUCUUAUCACUUUUAAAUAAUACUAUAUAAGAGAUUGCCAUUUUAAAAGAUCAAAUUGUUUCUUUUAUUUGCCAAAAGAUAAAGCUAUUAAACUGGUAGAGGAUUGCAAUUUGAGAAUCACUAUUAAAGGUGUGAAUCUUUUGAUAGUUAUGCUGCCAUUAAAAAUUUGA